AUGUCUGCUGCAAAAAUUGCACGCGUCCUUGAACGAUCAGUACUAGUGUCAAAAACUAAUAGUGGCCGAAAAUUAAUUGUUGAUGAUCGUUCUGAACGUUUAAUUCUUCGAAAAAUUAAAGCAAAUCCAAUGAUGAGGAGAAUGCCAAAACGCCUGCUUGCCACUAAAAUCUCAUCUAAUAACGUAUCUCCACGUUCCAUGAUAAGAAGUUUAAAGAAAAAUGGUAUCAAAUCCCAUAUUGCACGUAAAAAACCAUGGAUUAAUGAAACAAAUCGAAUUAAACG